CCUAGCCUCUCCAACCCAAGCCGCCGCCACACCCACAGCCAAACCUUCGCCAACCCGAGCUCGCAGCCAUGCCUCCCAAGCUCGACCCAUCCCAGGUUGUGGAGGUGUACGUCCGCGUGACCGGCGGCGAGGUCGGCGCGGCGUCGUCCCUGGCCCCCAAGAUCGGUCCGCUCGGUCUCUCUCCGAAGAAGAUCGGAGAAGACAUCGCCAAGGAGACGGCCAAGGACUGGAAGGGCCUCCGCGUCACCGUCAAGCUCACCGUCCAGAAUCGUCAGGCCAAGGUGUCCGUCGUCCCCUCGGCGGCAGCCCUCGUCAUCAAGGCUCUCAAGGAGCCCGAGAGGGACCGCAAGAAGGUGAAGAACAUCAAGCACAAUGGCAACAUCAGCCUUGAUGACGUCAUUGAGAUUGCCAAGAUUAUGGCGCCUCGCUCCAUGGCCAAGGAGAUGACGGGUACCGUGAAGGAGAUCCUCGGCACCUGCGUCAGCGUCGGCUGCACCGUCGACGGCAAGGACCCCAAGGAUCUGCAGACGGAGAUCGACGACGGCGAGGUGGAGAUUCCCUCCGCCUAAGAAGGCCUGGCGUUGGUGAGGUUGCUUUGUGAGGCUGCUGAAGUAGAUUUUUCUAUCUAGAUGCUUCCUGACGCAAUUGAGGGACUGGAUGGAUGUUCAUUUGUUCUACUCUUGCUCAAGAAGAAACUUUUGUCAUGCUUUAGUGGUUCCAUUGUCAAACUAUUUUUUAUGCUUGAAUCAGUACCUUGCGAAUCAAUGUUAUUAUUGCAGCUAGAAUCACAUGUUGAGUUUU